AUAACUACCCCACCUUUUUUUUUUCUCUAUUUUCCACAUUUCUCUCUUCUCUCUCCUCUCUCUCCCCUCUUUCUUUCAUUUCUCUCCAUGACCCAUUUCCACUCCCAGGUUCUCUCGUUUCUUACCUAACUUGUUUUUUCCUUUUUCCUUUUUUUUUUCCUUUUAACUCUUACUUAUCAAAUGUUACCUUUAUUCAUCAUCAAAUAUUAAUUGCAGUAUAAAAAAAUAUAUUAUUUUUAAAUUUCAUUCCCACGCGGAGCGUGGGUCAACCCUCUGGUAUGACUAAUGGUGAUGUGGUGUGUGUGUAUAUAUAUAUAUAUAUAUAUAUAUAUUUGGAUUGUUCAACAUUAGAGAGCACCACUAAUUAAAGAAGAUGAUGGAAAAUAAUUGCCUCUACCUAUUCCUCCUCUCUUUCCUGAUACCUAUUGUUGUUGUUGCUGCUUUUCCCACCAGCAAUACAUCAUCCCCUUAUUGGUCGGAACACCCAAGCCAUGUCAGUGAGUGCCAUGCCUUGCUCCAUUUCGGCAAUUCAUUUACCAUCACAUUGGAUGCCUCUGCAGAUUAUUACUGCGGUUACCCGGCCAACACUUCAUAUCCGAAGACAGCCUCAUGGAAGAAUGGCACUGAUUGCUGCUCAUGGGAUGGGGUCACAUGCCACACAUCUGAAAAUUACGUGAUUAGCCUCGACCUCAGUUGUAGUUGGCUCCAUGGAACCCUUCAUUCCAACAGCACCCUAUUCUCGCUCUCGAAUCUUCGGGGGCUCAAUCUUGCUGUUAACGACUUCAGUGGCUCGCUAAUUUCACCCAGGUUCAGUGUAUUUGCAGCUAUGACACAUCUCAAUCUCUCAUGUUCGGGAUUCUCGGGUCCCGUUCCUGAAGUGAUCUCUCAGUACCUUUCCAACCUAAUUUCACUUGAUCUCUCUGUCAACUAUGGCCUAACAAUAGAAGACGAUCAUAGUUUCAGAAGGCUUGUUGGUAAUCUCACUCAUAUGGGAGAACUCGUUCUUGACCUUGUCGAUAUGUCUAGAGUUUCUCCUCUUUCCUUGGCCAACCUCUCUUCCACUCUGACAUCUUUGAGUCUUUCUAACUGCUUUCUGCGCGGGAUAUUCCCAAAUAACAUCUUCCAUCUCCCAUACCUCCGCAGUCUCUCCCUUUCUGUUAAUAUUAAUCUGACGGGCACUCUCCCCCAGACAAAUUGGACUGGUCCGCUCGUCUCCCUUGAUUUGUCAUAUACAAAGUUCCACGGAUUGAUUCCUACUUCGGUUGGGAACUUGACAUCCUUGAAUUAUUUGGACCUCUCUGUCACCGAAUUUACUGGUCCCUUUCCGCAGUCUCUCGGAAAGCUUCACCACCUCACCGACUUGUUCAUCAGUGGUUACAAACUCAGUGGCACCGUGGACUUUGAAAUGUUUGCAUCGCUCAAAAAUCUCCGUCAUCUAUCCCUUGCACCAUUCCCUGAGGAGAACAACCUCACUUUGUUGCUGCAGAACGAUGGGAAUUGUUCCUUCCCAAGGCUCAAAUGGUUGGAAUUGCCUGGUUAUAACUUGACCAAACUCCCAUAUUUCUUGAAUUCUUCAACUGAGCUAGAAGGAUUAAACCUGUCCGGAAACAACAUUGGAGGAGAGAUUCAUGAAUGGUUUUGGAGAGUGUGGAGGGACACAUUGACACUUUUGCAUCUCUAUUCCAACAAUUUUACUGGAGAGAUCCCAUCUUCAAUUUGCCAAGUGAGUUCACUGAGACUUAUAGACCUUUCGAAUAACAGACUCGAUGGGACCAUUCCGAGAUGUUUGGGAAAUUUAAGUAGCCUUGUCAGGUUGAUUUUGGGCAACAACCUAUUGCAAGGUCCAAUGCCACAAUCUCUAGCUAAUUGUAGGAGCUUAAGUCAUCUAAAUGUUAGGUACAAUGAAAUAUAUGAUACUUUUCCACACUGGCUAAAUGCUACCCUCUACAGCUUAACGUUUAUAGAUUUGCAGUCAAAUAAGUUUCAUGGGGUCAUUAACGAAAUUCCCCUCCCUCCUCAGCUUUCAAGCUUAAUCCUCUCCGAUAACAACUUUGAAGGUCCCCUUCCGAUUCCACCACCUACUAUUGAAUACUUCAUUGUUUCAGAUAAUAAGUUUGGUGGAAACAUUCCUCAUCAGAUAUGCAAGGCUUUUGGGCUAGAGGUCAUCGACCUAUCAAAUAACAGCUUGACUGGCUCCAUUCCUCGUUGUUUCAUAGAGUUGAGUGCCUCUCUAUCUGUAUUGGAUCUCCAUGCAAAUAAUUUUGUUGGUCUGAUACCAGAAAUGUUCAUCCAAAAUACCGCCUUGACAACGAUUCGCUUGUGUCAAAAUCGACUCGGAGGCACCCUGCCACGAUCUCUGGCAUAUUGCAAGAAUUUGGAGGUUUUGGAUCUCAGUAAAAAUGAGUUGGAGGGCAGGUUCCCUUUUUGGUUGGAAACUCUUCCAAAUCUGCAAGUGCUUGUACUGAGAUCCAACAGGUUCCAUGGUCCAGUGGAUAGUUCUAGCAAAACUGAUCAUCCUUUCCAGAAACUGAGGAUAUUCGACCUCUCAAACAACAACUUUUCAGGUCCACUUCCGAUUAAGUACAUUGCCAACUUGAUUGCCAUGAGGAAUGAAGAGAGAACUCAGAGAAGUGGUUUACAAUAUAUGGGUGGGCAGAAUCAAUUUUAUCGAGAUUCCAUUGUGGUGGUCAUGAAGGGGCUGGAGAUUGUGCUGGUGAAAAUUCUUACGGUGUUUACAACCAUCGACUUCUCUAGCAACUUCUUCGAGGGAGAGAUUCCAGAAGCCAUUGGACAGCUAGAGGCACUCAAGGGGCUAAACUUUUCUCACAACAAUCUUACCGGCAUCAUCCCUUCUUCCAUUGGAAGUUUGGAUAAUGUUGAGUGGUUGGACCUGUCUUCAAACCGGCUCACAGGGGAGAUUCCGAUAACAUUGGCACAUCUGUCGUUCCUUUCCCACUUGAAUCUCUCAAUGAAUCAACUAGUAGGACCUAUCCCUCAGAGCGCACAGAUAGACACAUUUAAGAUUGAUUCCUUUGAUGGGAAUCCUGGUUUGUGUGGCCAUCCCUUGCCAAAAGCAUGUGGGACUGACUCACAGCCGUCGCCGCCUUUAACUUCUCCUAAAGGUGAAGAGGCCGAAUCCAUUCAUUGGAUCGAAAAGAGAGCAGUUCUGAUGGGCUUUGGAUGUGGAGUUGUACUUGGGAUUUCACUAGGAUAUCUCGUACUUGUAACCGGGAGACCCUGGUGGCUGGUAAAAAUGGUUGAGAGGAAAUAUUGGGCUAUAAAAACAAACAAGCUGAAGAAAGGAGCUGCUCCAGGAAAUCCUGCAAGGGGUAGGUGAGGCCAGUGAAAUGGACUGCGUGACGUGACAGGCAGGACGCCUUCCGACGCUUGCCAUCAAUAAGAGUCCUCCUGAUGAUGCUAGAGCUUCAGAUACCUUAUUUUCCAAGAAUUUCCAGUGUAUCUGUCCUUCCUUGUUUGUGUUCACUUGGUAUAAUAGAAACUAUGCUCUUUUAAUGUUCUGUUUGCAUGCAUCCUCAGUGUUGUACUUUAUUUGAAUAAUCAACUCUGUCCCUGAAUUCCCAACUUUAUUUUGUUAGACUGAGAUCAGAAAUAGGAUUAUAAUCCUCUGUUGUAUUCAAUUCGCCAAA